AAGCAUCCGUAUUGAAAAUGUAUGAAGUAGAAGUAAAAGUAUAAACGACAUUUUACUUCCAAAAGCGCAAACCAAGCUCCAAAUUUUCAGCUUUGUUUACCAGAAAUCUUAUGCAUGCAAAUUACAAUAGCCUUGGAGAAGAAAAUCUCAUAACUAACUACAAAGUCUCACCCAUCCAGGCAACACCUAGCCCCACCUUCCUAUGCAUGCUACAUAAUUGCGUGGUAGCUUGUGUUUUUGUUUUUGCAACGUCUCCUUCAAUGGUAUUUUUCACAAUGGAACCCUCUUUUAACUCACCGCCAAAUGAUCAACCAACUCACUUAAAACCUCACCUAUAUUCUCUUUCCUCUUUCCACCAUUCAAGAACCAAUCCUAUCUCUUCUUUCUCAACUCUCAAUAGUUCUCUGAUAAUGGCUUAUAAAAUUAGUUCCUUGCUUCUUGCUCAAGUUUUCCUCGUCAGCAUUCUGAUUGCUAUUGCUGGGCAAGCAGUUGCAAAACGUGACAUCCCAAGAAACCCAAAGAAUGAUGAUCAAAUGAAACAGCCCGAGUGGCUGACUCACCAUGACCGCAGCGUGCUCAUUCCAGGCCUUGGACGAGUGUACCUGCCACCAAUUUUGAAACACCACAAUCCAUACACUGGCAGCAGCGGCGGCGGAAGUGGUGGAACAGGUCAUAUUCCAGGUGGUGAUGACACAUUUGAUCCAAACCCUGGCUUUGAGGUGCCAGUUCCUGACCUUUGUGCUGGCAGUGCAGGAACACACCCACAUCCUUGAGCAUGUUCGUCAAUGAAACUUGUAAUCAAAUAGAAAAGAAAGGCAAUUAGUUGCCUAGAUGGAGUCUUUAGGGGCCCCUUGUAUUCAUUCCAGUCUAUCGUAUUCACGUAUUUAAUGUGAUAUGAAUUCGAGUUUGUCAUUUUAGUGGAGUCUAGGAUUUGUAACCUUUACGGUGCUCAGGAUAAAACAAGAGUGUAGAUGCAGAGCGUUUUAGUUUGUUAUUUCCAUUGCGUCCAGAGUCUUCUCUUGCAUUUUCCAUUUGGAAACAAUUUGUUGCCAAGUAAUCAUGUACUUCGAUUUCCAUAUUAAUUGUGGUCCAUGCCUAUUACCCUACUUUCUUAAUUGAAUCAUUUCACAUCCUACGGAUGCUACUAGCUUGCACGCUUAAAUAUAAAUUUAUUUGGUCAUUGGAAAUGUCAAGGAGGAGUGGAGUAUUUAAACUUGUCCAUGUCCAUAAAUUUAAUUCAAUUGCUUUAUGCUAUCAAAUUUAAAAAAUAAUAUUUAAUUCGAAUCCCAG